AUGACUUUUCCCAAUCGCAUCAACUACUGUCUGCGCUCGCGAGAGCCCUCUCGGCAACCCGAGCACCAGUUGACAGCUAGUGACGAUCCACGUCCUGCGCACGGGACUCCGAUUCCAGCAGCUUCCGAUCUCGUGACACGAGACGACAACGACAAUGUCGACGAUAAGGCGUCACCGACGUCACUUCACAAUCAUGCGCUGCUGCCGCUCACGCACAAGUUGAUGGCCAUGAUCUCGCAGCCUGCCACGCUCCUUGCCGCAUUAGUAGCCAACUGCGACCAACGGACGUCCCGGCAAGUCUUGUGGGCCAAAGCGACGGCGUACCAACACGCACAGCUCCAGGGGCUCUGCACGUCGUGGUACCGUAUCAUGGAGGACAUUGACCAGUACGAGCUCAGCGCCACGGACUUGAUGGUCCUGAAGGCCGUGCUGUACUAUUGGCGCAUGUGGCAGUUUGUCUGCACCACGUGCAUUGACGCCGUGGCUUCGAUCGAAGCGUCUGCCACGAGCCACUUGUCUCGACCACAGGUACACCCGUCCACGACGUGGGUCUCGCUCCUCCAAAAGCGACGAACAGCGUCUAUCUCUCCCCCGCUCGAGGACAAGUGCUCGGACGCGCUGUCCCAAGGUAUGGUCUUGUCCGGCUCGGGGCUGUCAAAGCGCUCGCGGAUCACCAAGAAGAGCAACGAGUUCCUCGUCGCGUGGUUCCUCGCGCACAAGGACAACCCGUACCCGUCGCCCGACGAGCGCGUGGACAUUGCGACCCGCACAGGACUCGCCGAGCAGCAAGUGCGCAACUGGUUUGCCAACAUGCGCAAGCGUCACUGGAAACCCAAUCGCGCGAACGCCAAGAAGCCGCGCUGUCUAUUGGACUACGUCUUGCGUCAGUCCGAGUCCACUCACUGUGUGUAG